GUGACUCCGGUGGGCGGCGGAUCGAGAGUGACGCGUUUCACCUACACGACUUAUAAAGGAAAAGACAACAAACAUAACAGUCACUAACUUUCUGAUCAGCGGAUACACACACAGAGACACACACACACACACACACACACUCACACACACCGAGUCAUGCAGUACCAGCCCGCGGCCAGGCCCGUGCCCCUGUACGCGCCAACCCCGGUUCAGCCCGCGCACCCUACUCCGUUUUACAUUGAAGACAUUCUGGGCAGAAGUGAUGGCACACCGAGCGCGUGCUCUCCGCUCGCUCCCGCGCCAGCAACCGUCCCCGCACCCGCACCGGCUUUACCCUCACCGAACUCAUCAUUCUCCAGCUGGGUGCCGCCUUACCGGAGCGCUGUGUACGAGCCGACUCCGAUCCACCCGCACCAGAGCCCGCAUCCGCACCCGCACCCGCACCACCACGCCGCGCUCGCCGCAGCCGCCGCAGCCGCGUACGGAAACCCGUUGUACCCGUUACACCGCGCGCUGCUCGGAGACUACUCCCACGCGCUCAUCAGACACGACCCUCUCGGUAAGCCCUUGCUGUGGACUCCGUUCAUCCAGCGUCCUCUGCACAAGAGGAAAGGAGGACAGGUGCGCUUCUCUAAUGAUCAGACUGUAGAGCUGGAGAAAAAGUUCGAGACGCAGAAAUAUCUCUCACCACCGGAGAGGAAGCGACUGGCCAAGAUGCUCCAGCUGAGCGAGAGACAGGUCAAGACGUGGUUUCAGAACCGCAGAGCUAAAUGGAGGAGACUGAAACAGGAGAACCCGCAGGGCUCUAAGCGCGAGCUGGAGAGCGAGCACGCGGAUAGAAACUGCGCGCUCGCGGAACCCCGAGCCUCGGACCCGCACACCGCGCGCUCCUGCUCCUCCUCCUGCUCCUCGCCGUCCUCACGCGCGCUGCUCGAGUCGGAGGUUUCGGAUGAUUCAGACGGAGAGCUGGACAUUGAGGAGGACGCGGACAUCUCACUGAGUCCUCCGCUAUGAGGACGGCACUGUAAACACGGGACAAGUGGACAUUUAUUUAUCUACGGAUUCAGCAGCGUCCGGACUUCUACACUGUAAAUAAUAAUAAUGAAGCCUUUUCGUGUCAUAACUUUUGUCGGAUCAGACUCUCCAGUGUUGCACACAGGCACACAGGCACACAGACACACACACACACACACACACACACACACACCAUAUUUUUAGCAUUAUACUAUUAACUGGCUAUCUGAGCUUCAGUGAACCCCAAAGUUUAACAUUAUGUUUUAAUUUUUAAGGUGAAACAGUGCAGCUUGUUGUUGGAGCCUCAACAACAAAUGGACAGUUUAUUUCUGAUGUGUGUUAAGUGUUCAGCAUUAAGUCCUAAGAGACAGAUUGUAAAUAUUUUAUGUAUAAAAUGCUUAAUAAAUGGUAUCUUAUUACA